AAUGACGUCACUGCAGCGAACGCCAUUUUGAUACUGAACACCGUGGGUGGAACAGAUCGGGCACGAUUAGACGGCAACAUUUACACGCAAACACGCUGAUUAAUUGGUCAGCAAACGCCGAAUAGUCAUGUCAUCAGAUAACCAGGAUACGGAGACGCAGUCGGAGCAGAUGGACGAGACUCAGGAAUCCCAGGACACAAACUCAAACCCAGUGCAGACAGAGGAGGCCAAAUUGAAAGCGAAGUAUCCCAACUUGGGUCAAAAGCCAGGUGGCUCCGACUUUCUGAUGAAGAGACUGCAGAAAGGGCAAAAGUAUUUUGACUCAGGAGAUUACAACAUGGCCAAGGCAAAGAUGAAGAACAAACAGUUGCCUGCCGCAGCCGGUCCAGACAAGAACAUCGUCACCGGGGAUCACAUUCCAACUCCACAAGACCUUCCGCAGAGAAAGUCCUCAUUGGUUACAAGUAAACUGGCUGGCUAACGUCAGCCAUAGGUUUUGAAUAAACCCUCUUACCAAACAAAACCAAAACCUCCCCAGCCCCGGCAGACCAGCUUCAUCAGGACAGGUUAUCAAUUUAUUUUGUUUUGUUUCUUUUAAUUUGGGUGUAGAUUUUUGCUGUCAUUUUGUUUCACUUCAGUAGGUCUAAGCAUCCCAGCUCUGUUAACCUCUUCAGUGUCCCACAUAGAGUAGGGAUAAACUAAACCCUUGGUACUCCAGGCCCUGGUGGAGCAUGAUGCACUUUACUCUGUGUACCCUGUAUAUUAGUGAUAUUAUGAACAAACCCCUGAAGACUUCAUAAAAUGCUGUUCAAAAGAUGUUUUUAAAAGUGUCAAAUAAUUUAACAAUUAUUUAGGAUUGUUUUAAAAGGCAUUGUUUUCUAUAUAGACAAUACUUGACAGCCAUUGGCCCCAGAUUGCAUUGGCAGCCCUCUUAUCAUUCAUAAUGACAAAUUAAUGAAUGUUUUAUGAGAAUUAAAAAAAAAAAAGUCAGUGAACAGAAUAGUCAGAUCAAUUUUGGUAAAGAGUGGCUGGUAGCUGUGUAGCCUUUAUCCACACUUCUACCUCUCACUCUCUAAAUAUGGCUGAGUUGAACCAACAGCUGCUUACGACUGGAUUGUUUUAUUAUUCUCAGCCUUCACCUUCCAUGGUAGAAUCUGAGCAAGCGGUUCCAAUCUUGCUGAUUAGAUUAUUGUAAUCACAGCUUUUGGGUGUAAACAGAGAAUGUUGCAAUUCAAUGAUAACAGCCAAGAGCAGAAAUGGUCUCUGAAUGUCGCAUGAGAAUGAAGGGGGGCUUAAGAAAAUGAAAUUGUCAUUGCACAAAGAAUGCGUUAAAAGAUAAAGUAUGUUCAUAGACAGUGGUGGCUAUAUGUGUUUUAGCUUAUGGGCAUCUGGAGUCAUUCAGCUUUGUGUACACUAUCAGCAGUGUAUGUAUUAAUGGGAUUAAUGUGCGAUUUAUUUUGUGAUAUCCAACACAUAUGUAAUGUAAUGCACAUGACCCCUUUGAUCAUCUGAGAUAAUGAUGACGCAAUCAUCUUAUCCGUCUUAACAAAAUGAGUCGAUUUGGUCCUAAAUAUCUAUGUAUUUUCUGAGGAACGAGGUGCGGAAGGAAAUUUGCAGAAUUGAGCAGCACCUUUGGUUGAAUCUUUGUAAAAUAUUUCAGACCUAAAUAGUAAAAUUCUCUACUUAAACUUGGACAAAGUUACAUGCUUAAACAUAUAAAAAGUAUUGGAAAACAUUACCCAUAGAUUGCUUUGACAUGCAGCUUAUUUUCGGGUUCCAGAUAUACAAAGGACUUUGGGGAAUAUUAUAUCCUGUGACCCAUUUUUCCCUUUACGGUCUUUUAAAAAGAUACUCUUUUCUCAUCAUUUAGCAAAGUGUCCUUCUUCAGAGGGCAUGAAUCAAUUAACCCCUGUAGCUUCUUCAAAGUGCGAAGAAGUCUGCACAGGGCUGUUGUAAAUCAUUGGAAACUUAACAGCUCAGUGGAUCUUAACAACUCAUUUAUUCCAGGCUGUAAGACUUUGUACAAUCCUUACAGAGUCCAAGUAUGAGGAUUGAUACCUUUACAGAGCAAAUCUAGACUGAACCUAGGCAGUCAAUCCAGGUGUCUAAAUCAGGAUUUGCAUAGUCUAAUCAAGUUGUCCCUCCUAAAACCACAUACACGCCUACAUGUGGCCUGAAGAUUAAGAUAAAAGAAAGUGUUUAGCCAUGUGAAGUUAACAAAAACAUGUAUAUUAAUGCAUGUUAUUCUUGGUAAAAUACUGUACUAUCACUAUGUAAAUCUCACUAAAAGGUGAAUUACAUCUAAGGGGUUGAAUGUGUUUUUUCAUGUAUGGUUGAGGUGCUGGUGGCAGUUGGCAAUACAUCAGGGAAAUAUGAUGGUCUUGCACUUAGUAUUUGUCACUUGAUGGUAUGUGUGGAUGUACAAUGUUUCCUUUGAGGAAUGCGUUAUUGCACAGUGCUAGGAGAUAAUCUUAUUUUGUGCUGCAGCCAAAUUGUAAAUAGUCAAACUGCAUCCGGUGUCAUAUUUGUGCAUUUUGUCUCGCAUUAUCGGUCUCAGUUGUCUUUCCAAUAUUCACCAAGUUUGUUUUAUCUUUUAUUUUUUAAUAUUGCGUCUGAAUCUCUCUCUGCUUUUUGAUGCAACAUAUUGGCAAGAAUAUCAUCAGUUCUAGUGUGAGAAAUGUAAAUAUGGAGGUUAAGGAUGCUUGUAUUGUAAUUAAAGAAAGCUUUUUAAUCGGUUGGAUUAAAUUCAGACAGUUCUGGACUGAAAACCUUCCACUGCAAUGUGAUAUUCAUGGAUAUUCAACCACAUAUUAACUCUAAAUCUACAACUUAAAGCGCUCUCAAUUAGACACACAAAGAUCUAUUCUUUGCUUACUUUAUGAAGCUUUUAGUGUUUAAUUAUUUUAUUUGUGUGCCCCAUUUAUAUAUUCUUUAUUGUUUCAGAUGUUUUGCUUGAAUUACUUUGUGUGUUGAAAGUGGAUUUCCAGAAGUUUGCAGAGUCAUCUGGUCUCUCACAAUUAUAUUUACAGGGAAGGAUGGUGAAUCAAGAAGUAAAGAUAGAUGUUUCAAGUGAAUACUGGAGCUAUGUCUGAAAUUCAAAUAAAGUUUUACAUUAAUA